GGGCGGCAGCGGCGCCCGGGCAUGGCUUCGGCGGGCAGCGGCAUGGAGGAGGUGCGCGUGUCGGUGCUGACCCCGCUGAAGCUGGUCGGGCUGGUGUGCAUCUUCCUGGCGCUGUGCCUGGACCUGGGGGCCGUGCUGAGCCCGGCCUGGGUCACGGCGGACCACCAGUACUACUUGUCCCUGUGGGAGUCCUGCCGGAAGCCCGCCAGCCUGGACAUCUGGCACUGCGAGUCCACGCUCAGCAGCGAUUGGCAGAUUGCUACUCUGGCUUUACUCUUGGGCGGAGCUGCCAUCAUCCUCAUCGCAUUCCUAGUGGGUCUGAUUUCCAUCUGCGUGGGAUCUCGAAGGCGCUUCUACAGACCUGUUGCCGUCAUGCUUUUUGCAGCAGUUGUUUUACAGGUUUGCAGCCUGGUCCUUUACCCAAUCAAGUUCAUUGAAACUGUGAGCUUGAAAAUUUACCAUGAGUUCAAUUGGGGUUAUGGUCUGGCGUGGGGUGCAACUAUAUUUUCGUUUGGGGGUGCCAUCCUUUAUUGCCUGAACCCUAAGAACUAUGAAGACUACUACUAGAACCAAUAGUCUCAGAUUUGAAAAAAAAGAAAAAAGAAAAACAACCAGUCAGCAAAAGGAUUACAUCUGCAUCUUUUCUAACUCAGUUUUCUAAAACAGUUGUGGAACAUCAAGCAAUUUGUUCAGUUGAUUUAAUGUCCUUUGCCUUUUAGCUGUCAACAUCAUAACCAGCUUUUACAUCCAUUUUAGGGACAUGCACAAAUUAAGAGAGUUGAUUAGACAUAGGCAAAUGCUGCAAACUUCCAAUAUAUUCAUGUAAUUUUUCUUGACAAGUGAAGGGUCUAUAUGACAGCAACCAUUGUGAGAAACUAGUUUGAGUAAGAAUUGCCUGAGUCCCAUUGCCUGCAGGGGAACAGCUGGCAAAAGCCAACAUUUAAAAGUUUCUUUGCACUGACAAAGAUUCCACUGUUAGGCCUUAUUGCCUGCUGAUCCCAUCCAGUAACUACAUUGGCUGUUUGUUAUUUGCUUGAGUGAGCUCUUGAAGAUGAACUGCCCUUCAGCAUCUAAUGGGAGUUGUGAAUAUAACUGGUUAAUAGUACACAUUCCACCUUAGAAUACUCUUUUUAAUGGGCAGUUAUGCUUUGGCAGUCAGCAUCUCCCUGGGAAGGGAGUCAAAAUGUGGAAACAUGUGCUUUUCAUUAUGUGGUUAGAAAUUGUUCCUCAGCCCUAUCAAGAAUGGAAGAGAAUUGAGGGUCUCGCUUUCCCUGGGGCAAGAAGAAAGAAAUACACAUGAGUUGCUUUUGUACCCUUAAAAUUACUUACCAAACAUUGCAGCUAACAGUUGUGCAUAUGUAACCAUCUUAAAUAUUUUUAUAGAAAGUGCACCAUUAGUAUAUGGUGAUUUGUUAUUCUCUAACUCUAUACAUACAUUUGCCUAUUACACAUCAAAUUAAUACUUGCUCUAGUGAAGUGAUUUGAACACUAACCUUGUAUUCGUUGUUAAGAGGCUUAGAUUGGUAUUCACAUUUAUUUACCACAUAAAAAUGGGUAUACCCUAAAGCUUUGCGCUAUGUUUCACUGGAAAGUGUUAAUAGAGUUGUCUAAGAAGAAAAAUUGAAAUGGUGUUAAUCUGAAAAUUAAUGAUUCCUCUGUAAGCAUGGUAGUCAAAAGAGAGUAGCAAUUAGGAUGAUCAUUUUGUGUGAAAUUCAUUAAGAUAGAAGGCUGCUAUUUUUUGCAAGUAUUUUAAAUGUCUUCAUUUUUAAAUAAAUAAAUAGUGCUAGAUUUCUAUAAAUGUCUGAAUGUCUCAGUAGAGGGGUAGAAAUCAUCUGGAUAUCACUUGUCCCUGUGAAGUUGACUGAUGCGCUAACUGAUUUAUACACACAAUUAUGAGGGGUUCUUGUCAAGCGAUUCAUUACUGACUGUUCCAGUGGAAGGAAGUAUCAAUAACAGGGAGUAAGUUUGCAGGUAAUCUCACACUGCAAACUUUGUUGAUUCUGUUUGGUAUACAAAUUUGGAUAGUUUAAUUAUAAACAUAUUUUUAUACCAAAUAUACAGUUCUAAUAUAAAAGUUAUAGAUAAUUAUUUUUGUUAACAAAGACGCUAAAUAUGUUCUGGUUUUGUCCCUCUUGCAGAAAGAACCAUUGGAAAAAUCAUUUAAAACUUCCCUAUAUGCGAUUGUAUUGAUACGCGCAGAGUAGGACCUUAUAAGUAGUAUUUAGUAAUUUGCUUUACUCCCCAAGCAGAAUUCUGCUUUCAGCUUGUCUUAACAAUAGUUGCCAAAAACAACAGCCAAAAAGAAACUACUUUAUAUUAAAAUGAUAAAAAAUUCCCCUGUUUUCUGAAUCACAAAAUAAAUAUGAAGUGCCAGGUUUAUUCUUACUUUAGCAAUGAUAGAUUGGUUAAGUUCAUCCUAGAGGGAAACCUUUAAAAAGUAUACAAUGCUAUAAUCAUAAUAAACUGACUAAAAAUUUCCAGAAAUAUAUUAAUAUUAUAGGAUUAUUUGAAACAGUUUUAUUGAGAAAUAGUAUUUGGUACAGAAUGUCUUACAGUUAAUUGUAUAUGGUCAGAGCAGCAUGAGAAAUGCAACAUUCAGACGGGGAUUUUGGCUAUUAAACACCCUCUAUUGCGAGGUGUCUUUAUUCCCGUAUAAUGGAAGGACAGUACUUUGGUGCUGGUAUCAAUAAGGCACUUUUCUUGGUCCUAAUAGAGGAUACAGUGUGCUUUUAAACCAAUAUCAAAUCUUGAGUCCCAUCAUGUUUUCAUUCUCUUGUCAAUAUGACAUCCUGGAAAAUAACAAACUAUGUUAUCGGUUCAAACUUUUCAGUUUACUGAAAAGUUGAUUUCUUACAUUGCUUUUUUCCCUUCCUAGUGAACUAUGCUCUCAUCAUUAACAUUUGAAAGUGUUUCAUUACUAACAAGCUCAAUACAAUAUAAAGAUUAUUGGUCAUGUGAAAUAGUAUUUUGUCUAUCAGAAUAAACACAAGUGAAAUUUUCACCUACAUUAACGUUAUGUCUUUGAGGCUUUAGAUUUGUUUGGUGUUUUCUUAAGCAAAAUCGUUAACCACAAACCCGUUGGGUAUCUUAGCGAUAUAUACACACUUACAUGUAGCAUAACGUACUCAGCAGGGCUAGUUUAUUUGGAUUUCUUGCACAACUAUUUAGUCUUUUGUAAGUUCAAUGUGUAAAUUUUAAAGACAUAAAUAUAGAGAGGCCUAUGUGUUUGAAAUAUAAAUGAUAUAUAUGGAUUAGCAUGUACUUGUAUAUGAUUAAACAUGCAAUGAACUGACUGGUAAGUGAUGUCUAAUUGUAUGGCUAGCAAUGUAAUUUAUUCAGACUGUAUUUUUGUACAGAGCAGCACAUACUAACCUAUGCCUCUGUGUCCUCUUUAAUGCCUAAAACUGUGCCUAGAAAUCUCAUCUGUCUUAAACACGAAAAUACACUUCAUGCUGUUUAUGCUAUUAGUUUCUCUACUGCUAUUAUAUAUUUAUUAUUUUUCAAUAUGACAUAUUUACUACUUAAAUAUGAAUUCAUGGUAUCCUGGUUACUUUUUUAACAGUCACCUGGGGAAAACCUGUUUACCCUCCAGUGCUUUUGCGUUUGCAGUUUCAUAAGCAAUUCUUUAUUUCAUGAUUUUUGUAGUUGACAUGAAGUUAUCUAUGUGGAAAAAUGAGAAUAAAAGUGGUUUCACUCGUGCAA